CGCGGGCCGGCGAGACCGCGGCGGGACAGCAGGCGGAGGCCCGGGCGGGCGGCCGGCCGCGGGCUCCCAGAAGAGACACUGAGGCCCAGAGGGACCAGCACACAAGGGUUCGACACCGCGCCACCAACUGAAGCCCCCAAAAGGAGCCCGGUGAUGCUGCCCAGGCUGUGAACAGGGAAGGCAGCGCUGCGUGGGCUGCCAGCAGCCGGGGCUGGGGAGAGACAUGUGGACACGUGGCCUCUAUGGCUCCCGCCUGCCAGAUCCUCCACUGGGCCCUCGCCCUGGGGCUGGGCCUCUCAUUCGAGGUCACACACGCCUUCCGGUCUCAAGAUGAGUUCCUGUCCAGUCUAGACAGCUAUGAGAUCGCCUUCCCCACCCGAGUGGACCACAACGGGGCACUGCUGGCCUUCUCGCCCCCGGCUCCCCGGAGGCAGCGUCGGGGCACGGGACCUCAAGCAGAGUCCCGUCUCUUCUACAAGGUGGCCGCACCCAGCACCCACUUCCUGCUAAACCUGACCCACAGCCCUCGCCUCCUGGCGGGGCACGUGUCUGUGGAGUACUGGACUCGAGAAGGCCUGGCCUGGCAGAGGGCCGCCCGGCCCCACUGCCUCUACGCGGGCCACCUGCAGGGCCAGGCCAGCAGCUCCCACGUGGCCAUCAGCACCUGCGGGGGCCUGCACGGCCUGAUUGUGGCAGAUGAAGAAGAAUACUUAAUCGAGCCCCUGCAAGGGGGGCCCAAGGGGCACCGGGGACCGGAGGAGAGUGGCCCCCACGUGGUAUAUAAGCGUUCCUCUCUGCGUCACCCUCACCUGGACACAGCCUGUGGAGUGAGAGAUGAGAAACCGUGGAAGGGGCGGCCGUGGUGGCUGCGCACCCUGAAACCGCCACCUGCCCGGCCCCUCGGCAAUGAAACAGAGCGUGGCCAACCAGGCCUGAAGCGCUCCGUCAGCCGAGAGCGCUACGUGGAGACCCUGGUGGUGGCUGACAAGAUGAUGGUGGCCUACCACGGGCGCCGGGACGUGGAGCAGUACGUGCUGGCCAUCAUGAACAUUGUUGCCAAACUUUUCCAGGACUCGAGUCUGGGAAACAUCGUUAAUAUCCUGGUAACACGCCUCAUCCUGCUCACGGAGGACCAGGUGCGGGGGAGGGGGGAGGUUCCCCCACCUUCCACCACCACAGAAUUCAGCACUGCCUGCAUUGUCCCCUGGGUGGCUGGUACCCGUGUACCUCACUCUGUCCAUCCUCAGCCCACCCUGGAGAUUACCCACCAUGCCGGCAAGUCCCUGGACAGCUUUUGUAAGUGGCAGAAGUCCAUCGUGAACCGCAGCGGCCAUGGCAAUGCCAUUCCGGAGAAUGGCGUGGCCAACCAUGACACAGCAGUGCUCAUCACACGCUAUGACAUCUGCAUCUACAAGAACAAACCCUGCGGCACACUAGGCCUGGCCCCUGUGGGCGGGAUGUGCGAGCGAGAGAGAAGCUGUAGCAUUAACGAAGAUAUCGGCCUGGCCACGGCGUUCACCAUCGCCCACGAGAUCGGACACACGUUUGGCAUGAACCACGACGGCGUGGGCAACAGCUGCGGGGCCCGUGGCCAGGACCCAGCGAAGCUCAUGGCGGCUCACAUCACCAUGAAGACCAACCCGUUUGUGUGGUCCUCCUGUAGCCGCGACUACAUCACCAGCUUUCUGGACUCGGGCCUGGGGCUCUGCCUGAACAACCGGCCCCCCAGACAGGACUUCGUGUACCCAACCGUGGCCCCUGGCCAGGCCUAUGACGCGGAUGAGCAGUGCCGCUUCCAGCAUGGAGUCAAAUCGCGUCAGUGUAAAUACGGGGAGGUCUGCAGCGAGUUGUGGUGUCUGAGCAAGAGCAACCGGUGCAUCACCAACAGCAUCCCGGCCGCCGAGGGCACGUUGUGCCAAACACACACCAUCGACAAGGGGUGGUGCUACAAGCGGGUCUGCGUCCCCUUCGGGUCGCGGCCGGAGGGCGUAGACGGCGCCUGGGGCCCGUGGACCCCGUGGGGCGACUGCAGCCGGACGUGCGGCGGCGGCGUGUCCUCCUCCAGCCGACACUGCGACAGCCCCAGGCCGACCAUCGGGGGCAAGUACUGCCUGGGCGAGAGACGGAGGCACCGCUCCUGCCACACUGAGGACUGUCCCCCAGGCUCCCAGGACUUCAGGGAAAUGCAGUGCUCUGAAUUUGACAGCGUCCCCUUUCGUGGAAAAUUCUACACAUGGAAGACGUACCGGGGAGGGGGCGUGAAGGCCUGCUCGCUCACCUGCCUAGCAGAGGGCUUCAACUUCUACACCGAGAGGGCUGCGGCCGUGGUGGAUGGGACGCCCUGCCGCCCGGACACAGUGGACAUCUGUGUCAGCGGCGAGUGCAAGCACGUGGGCUGCGACCGCGUCCUGGGCUCCGACCUGCGGGAAGACAAGUGCCGCGUGUGCGGAGGUGACGGGAGUGCCUGCGAGACCAUCGAGGGGGUCUUCAGCCCGGCCUUGCUUGGGACUGGGUAUGAGGAAGUCGUCUGGAUCCCCAAAGGCUCCGUCCACAUUUUCAUCCAGGACUUGAACCUCUCCCUCAGUCACCUGGCCCUGAAGGGAGACCAGGAGUCCCUGCUGCUGGAGGGGCUACCUGGGACCCCCCAGCCCCACCGCCUGCCCCUGGCUGGAACCACCUUUCAGCUCCGACAAGGGCCGGAUCAGACCCAGAGCCUAGAAGCCCUGGGACCCAUUAACGCAUCUCUCAUCGUCAUGGUACUGACCCGAACUGAACUGCCCGCCCUCCGCUACCGCUUCAAUGCACCCAUCGCCCGUGACGCACUGCCUCCCUACUCCUGGCACUACGCGCCCUGGACCAAAUGCUCAGCCCAGUGUGCAGGCGGCAGCCAGGUGCAGGCCGUAGAGUGCCGAAAUCAGCUGGACAGCUCCGCCGUGGCCCCCCACCACUGCAGCGCCCACAGCAAGCUGCCCAAGAGGCAGCGUGCCUGCAACACGGAGCCCUGCCCACCUGACUGGGUGGUAGGGAACUGGUCUCGCUGCAGCCGCAGUUGUGAUGCAGGCGUGCGCAGCCGCUCUGUCGUGUGCCAGCGCCGCGUGUCGGCGGCCGAGGAGAAGGCGCUGGAUGACAGCGCUUGCCCGCAGCCGCGCCCCCCAGUACUGGAAGCCUGCCACGGCCCCGCCUGCCCUCCGGAGUGGGCCGCCCUCGACUGGUCGGAGUGCACCCCCAGCUGCGGGCCGGGCCUCCGCCACCGCGUGGUCCUCUGUAAGAGCGCAGAUCACCGCGCCACGCUGCCCCCCGCGCAUUGCCAGCCCGCGGCCAAGCCACCAGCCACCAUGCGCUGCAACCUGCGCCGCUGCCCUCCGGCCCGCUGGGUGGCGGGGGAGUGGGGCGAGUGCUCCGCGCAGUGCGGCUUCGGGCAGCAGCAGCGCCCCGUGCGCUGUUCUAGCCACACCGGGCAGCCGUCACGCGAGUGCGCCGAGGCCCUGCGGCCACCCGCCACACAGCAGUGCGAGGCCAAGUGUGACAGCGCGCCCCCGGGGGACGGCUUGGAAGAGUGCAAGGAUGUGAACAAGGUCGCCUACUGCCCUCUGGUGCUGAAAUUUCAGUUCUGCAGCAGAGCCUACUUCCGCCAGAUGUGCUGCAAAACCUGCCAGGGUCGCUAGAGGGCGCUCGGCCUUCGGAGCGAGUCCUGGAUGUGCGCGGGCUGGGGGUGGGGGGAACCAGACGUGCAGCUGACCAGCCUGAAGGAGCCCGAGGGGGCAGGAACUGGGAGUGAAUGGUGAGAUGGAGCUGGAAGUUAUUUAUUGGGAACUCCUGCAGGGCUCCUGACUGGGGGGGGGGGGGGGGGGGGGGUGAGGGGAUGGAGAGGGGCUGGCCACGCCCACGGCCCCUCCUCUGCGCACCUCUCAGUUCACAGAGAGACCCCCCCCUCCAGGGUGAGCUUGAGUUGGGAACAGUUGCUCUCCCUAGAACUCUUGCCACCCACCUUUAGGGAGCCCCCCUACACAACACCCGCCUUUGAUCGGAAUAUGUACUGUGAAGAGUGGGGGUGGGGAGGGGGUCAGCCGGUGCCCUGCCCCCCCCAGCACUGCCCUGCCCCUCCACUCUGAGCUGGGGGGGAAAUCUAUGUCCGCUAUGGGGGAGGGGAUUAGCACCACCUCCCUGACACCCUGCCCCCGACCAGACCAGCUAGAGGGGGGAGGCAGAGCUGGGAAGACCCACCCCAUUCUCUGCCUUGCCUGCCCCAGGGGGACCCCGUCAUCCAGGCCACCCCCAUGAUGGUGCUACAGGCCCUGCCCUGGGGCCCACACACCCCCUCACCAGGAAGCCCUACAUCAAUAAAGUUCUGUCUUGUGUA